UGGGUAAGGUUUACCGUUGAGGCUAUCAGUGGGCCAUCGUCGAACUCGUCCACAGGCAUCCCCGAAACGCAAACGACAGAAUUAGGGAUGUAAGUAAGAUAGGAUAGAAAAGAAGAGAGACCGUUUUACAUAUUAGGGAUCAUGUUUGUUCGAUUGUAUUGACCACUGUUUGCUACCAACGUAGAAUAAGAAACUGGUAUAACGCGAUCAUUCCCAGCAAGUGGUAUCUGACCUCUCAAACCCAGCCCCUGAAUGGAUUCAGGUUCCUCCGUCCUGUUAUUCCACCAUCGUCAGAUUUUGACAGAGGCGGAAGCGUGCGAGAUUUGGAGAAAGCAUCGGCAUCCCAAUAUUGCACAAUACCUAGUCAGUGUUGUUCGGGACGGUCGGAUCAUAAGGCUUGGUUCGGUCAAAGAUCCGACGACUCUCUCGCAGAUGUUAAAUGAUGGGAUGUCGUUUAACAGGAGUGCUUGUCUGCAGGGGAUUCAGGCUGGUACAAGUCAUAUGCAUAAUUUGGGACUUGGUCAUAACGAUUUUCGACCCAUCAAACAUCGUGAUAGAUGGAGAUACUCCGGCAAUUAUUGACUUUGAUUCAUGAAAGCGAGGAGGGUACGAACUGGGUUCGAAAGUCGGUUUCCAUGGGUGGGCUCUGGAUGGUGAAAAACACGCGACGCGAGAGAAUGAUCUUUACAGCCCGUCUAAGAUACAACAGGCCCAGACCAAAGUGAGUUGAUUCCAGGUGGUUCGAAAAAGGAAAGACCUCAUGAGAAG